AUGGAUCCCUCACCACGCAAGACCAGGUCGUCUUCUCGGCACUCUCUGUUCGACGCACACACUAUCUCUGCGAUUCCUAUCAUGAAGGUUGCUUCUAUGGAAACAUACGCGUCUCCUCCCUCGGUGAGCAAGCGGGCACGGCACAAAGUGACAGACUACCAGCUGCAGAGGCUCGAGGAGCUCUACCAGGCAGACAGCCACCCGAGCAGAGGGACCAAGGAGGCGCUUGCCCGGGAGGUCGGAAUGAGCGCCAAGAGCGUCCUCAUAUGGUUCCAGAACCGCAGGCAAGAGAGGAGCAAGAAGGGGAGGGGGGCUGCCAUACCAGCUCUGGCUAGGAAGGUUGGUACUACGGAGACAAGGUCCAGCAGGCCCCGGUCAAAGAAGACGAGGCCAUCAGUCGACAAUGCGGCCGCCCGGGCCAAGAAGGCGGCGAAAGGGCUGCCCUCCCCAUCACUCACCCCAAUGCUUGAUUCUAGCGAGACUACGCUUGCCACGCCGCAGAGGAUCCAGCUUGUGGAACUCAGGACACCCCCGUCGCCGCUGGGACGCGCAUAUAGCCACCAGAAUCUCUGUGAGCCUUCUCUCACGGCGUCCAGCAGGCCCUCACGCAGCCUCUCGUCAAACUCAAACACGCUCUAUUCUGCCAACCGCUCUCCAGAGCUGUGGAGGAUCCUCCCGCCAACUCCGACUGACCGCAAUGAAUCCUUCUCGAGACGUUCGCCUUCUCAAAACGAGAGUCCGUUGCAACCUCUCGGGAACGCAUCCAACUUCGCGCCGUCUCGCGGAUUCACAACAGCUCGCCCUCAGAAGCCUUCGCUGGAGUGGGCUUGCGCCAACUCGGCUUCGCGGCGGAGGCACGGUCUCUUCAUCUACCAGGACGAAGACGACUCUGCAGGGGAAAGCUGCGAAUUCGACCCCGACCUGGCCGAUGAGACUGUGGCCAAACUAGAAGCGGCUGAUAAUGGACGCGUUCUCCGUGAGGUUGCCAUUCCGCGCGAGUACCACGCGCUGUUCUCUCCGGACGUCGUUAUGGGUGCCUCUCUUCUGCUCACGCUGAAGCACUCCGCGGACUAAGACUGAGACACAAGCCGAUUUCUGUGGAGCUCUGACGCCUCGCCUGUCUUCCUCUCCUGGGUUCUGGGGUUGCUGUGGUUGUCGGCUCUUUCUCGUUGUUCUUGUCAGGCUCUCAUCCUAUAGGCUCUAUCUCGCACUUUCAUGCACACUGC